CAGAAUUUGACAAGCUAUGCAGUAGUUAACUGAUAACUUAAAUAAUCAUUUUUGAGAAUAAUAUUUAGCUUUUCCCAGCUGUGAAUGAGUGCAGGCAGCUUUAUGGAAGAAGGCUGCGCAUGAGAAAAAUGAUCCGGACGAUCGCGGCGCGUGACGUCAUCAGAGUAUAAAUUGAAAACGCGCAAAGCGUCGUGUUUUUCUUUUUUUUCUCCGUCUGAGUUAACGCGAGAACUCCCAACUCCAGUGACGCGUCUGUUUUCGUCUCUCGGGAGAAAAAGCGUUGUAACAUGGAAAACGCAGGGAAGACCAGAGAACAAGCUCCCUCCGCUGCCGACGUGGAUCUGGAAACCGUACUGACGGGGCUUAACUCCUUGUCCAACUGUAUGACUCAACUGGCAUUGCGAACCCAGCUGAGGCUGUGUGAUCUGAUCGUUUGUGUCGGCUCCCCCGACAAGCCGACGGGUCUGAAAAAUCCAGGAGGCAUGGAAGCAGCGCCCCCCCUGCCUGACCUGAUCCUGAGGCAUGAAGAACAGAGGUUUUGGAGGUCCUUGGUUGAGGGAGCUUGCAGAUGAAUGAGCCAGGACACCUGAUGGUGCUGCCAUCUUGUGGACAUUAUGGAAAGUGUCAAAUAGAAAUGCAGUAAUAUGGAGAUUUUAAAGUUCCACUGUUCAGCUGUUAAAACCACUAACGAUAAAUAUUAAGAGGCACAUACCUGUACAUGGAAAGUCUUUCAGCGAUUAGCCGUGCUGUUCACUGCUCUCGCUCCUGUCGACAUGCAGAUUGUGCUGGCUGAGGUUGAAGGAAAUUACAACAACAUGUUUCUGCUGAGGACCAAUCAAAAAAUUAUCAUAAUGAUCAAUAGGCUUGGUGUUUGUGGCGUAGUUAACUUGUGUGUUAAAGGUCGCUGAAGGGAAGGAUUCAUUUUUGGUUGACGAGGAAGUUGGAUGUUUCCUUUCAGCAGGCGGCCGGAGCUUCUCACACAGUGAAUAAGUUAGCAAACAUGAACACCAGGUAAGCUUUCAAAGCGAAAAAGCAGCUGAGAUACAGUACUGAGGUUGUUCUUCAUCUGACGGCAGUUCUUUUGAGCGCAGCACCGUUGUCACGGUGACUUUCUCUUACCUCUGGAGUGAGAGACCUUGAGUUCAGCCUCUCUCGGUGGUCGAGAUGAGGUGACCUGUAGUUACCUUCACAGUGCUCAUCACUGUCUUGCUGCUCAGAUGAAGUAAUCUUCCUCCUGGUCUGGACCGUCAUGGUCAUCAUCACUUUGUGUCCUGCA